AUGUCCGUCUUCAACGCAUCGCGUCUCCUCGGCAAGACCGUCCUCAUCACCGGCGCUAGCGCCGGUAUUGGCGCCGCGACCGCGAUCCUCUUUGCGAAGGGUGGCGCGAACCUCAUUCUGCUUGCCCGACGUGCCGACGCGUUGAAGAGCGUAGCCGAAGCUGCCGCGAAGGCCCACAAGGAGGCCGGUGUGCAGGCGGGCGGCAAGAUCGUCAACGUGCAGCUCGACGUAUCGGACAAGGCGCAGGUCGCCAAGCUCUGGGAGCAAGUCCCUGAAGACCUGCGCGCUGUUGAUGUCCUUGUCAACAACGCUGGCUUCGUGAAGGGCGUCGAGCGUGUUGGUGAUAUCGCGGAUGAGGAUAUCGAGGCCAUGUUCCAGACGAACGUGCUUGGUCUUAUCUCCCUCACACAGUUGAUCGUCAAGGACUUCAAGCAACGCCAGCGUGGACAUGUUAUCAACAUUGGCUCCAUCGCCGGUCGCGAGCCUUACCCUGGCGGCGCGAUCUACUGCGCGACGAAGCACGCCGUGCGCGCCUUCAGCGGGGCGCUCCUUCGCGAGCUAUACAAUACCCCCAUCCGUGUAACCGAGAUCCAGCCCGGUCUUGUCGAGACAGAGUUCUCGAUUGUGCGCUUCCGCGGCGACAAAGCAUCGGCGGAUAAGGUCUACGAUGGCCUUUCGCCUCUAGUUGCGGAGGACAUUGCGGAGGAGAUCGUCUGGGCCGCAUCGCGCCCAGCACACGUCAACCUUGCGGAGGUCUUCGUACUGCCCGUUGCGCAGGCAACACCUGUCCUCGUUGACCGUACUGGCGCAACCAUCACAAAGGACGAGUAA